AUGGGCGACAGACUCACCCAACUACAAGAUGCUCUGGACCAGCUCGCUCAGCAAUUCGUCGCGAGCUUCCAUUUCGUCCACCGACGUCACGACCUUGAGCUCCUUGGGCCCAAUGACAAGAUUCGCGAUGUAAAGCAGGAGCCGGAUCAAAAAGAGGUCGACCCUCUCCCCGCCGACGAAUUCAGGGAAGGACUUGCCGAGCUGUCCCGCGACCUGAUUAUCAAAGAGCAGCAGAUCGAGGUUCUCAUCUCCAGUCUCCCCGGACUAGACAGUAGCGAAGCCGACCAGGAGCGAUACAUACAAGAGCUGGAGGAUGAGCUCAAAGUCGCCGAGGCGCAACGUCAGGAUGCGAUCAAAGAGAAGGACCAAAUUCUCGCCAAGCUUGACGAGGUCAUCAGGAGCAUUCGCAGGCCUUGA